AUGCCGGCGAACUCUAUUGCAAACAAACAAGUGGGGCCGCGCUCGGGCCUGUACCAAAGCUGCCUCGCGCUCUCGGAGCGGUUGUGGUGCGUUCCCGAAUUUGGCGAGCGCUAUCUUGGUGCAGCAACGCGCGUGGCGCCCGUUGCAAUCAGUGUAUCAAACGAUGCACUUGUAUCGAAUGAUCCAGUGUCGCACCUAUGGCAGUGUUUUCGGCUGGGAACACCACUGUGUGCACUGUUCAACCAUUUGGCACCGCAAAUUCCGCAGAUCAGCGUCCACGUCGAAGGCAACCUGAACAAUGCAAAUGCAUGCAAGGCACUUGUCAUGCGGUUUCUUAUUGCGCUCAAGGAGCGGCUUGGCUGGGACCCCGACGAGACAUUUACCGUUUCGCAACUUUACUUGAACGAUACUAAUGGCUUCGUAAAGGUAGUACGCAGCGUCAACAAGCUGCUGGAUCUGCUUGAAGAUCGCGGCAUUUUGCAGGAAAGACCUGUAAUGCCGUGGUCUGCGCGAAGCGAUCCGCUCCUCUCGCCGUCGGACACGCGGAUGCAUGUGGUCAAAGAGCUGGUGGAGUCAGAGCGCAAAUAUGUUAACGACCUUGAAAUCAUGCAAAAUUACGCACUCAUGCUUGCACAGCACGACCUGGUUGCCCCGGAUACGGUCCAUCUUCUGUUUGGCAACCUGCACCAGCUUGUCGAUAUCCAGCGCCGCUUUUUGAUUGCCGUCGAGGAGAAUGCGCGGCGCCCUGCGGACGAGCAGCACUUUGGCUUGCUCUUCCAAAGCAUGGAAGAAGGGUUUUCUGUGUACGAGCCUUUCUGUGCAAACUAUGCCCAAGCACUCGCAAUAAUCAGUGCCGAGACGCCGGCGCUGGUCCAGGCAAAAUCACUCCCUGCCGCGCAGUCAUGCUACCUCGACCCCUCCUACGAGCUGCCCACAUUUUUAAUCAAGCCCGUGCAACGCAUUUGUAAAUAUCCGCUCCUGCUUGAGCAGCUGUUGAAGAACACGCCCCAAGACGCACCGCGCUACGCAGAACUGUCCGACGGCUUGCAAAUCAUCCGGCGCAUUACCGACAAGGUAAACGAAACGAAACGAUACCAGGAGAAUGUGCAGGCGAUGCACGACUUGGAAACGAGGGUAGAGGACUGGAAAGGGCACUCGCUCAAGACCUUUGGCCGGUUGCUCCUGAACGACACCUUCAUGGUGUCCAAAGGCGACUCCGAGCGCGAGUUCCAGGUGUACCUAUUUGAGCGCAUUCUCCUCUGCUGCAAGGAUCUCAGCGCCACGACGAUCGGGCUGCCGGGCGCUGUCGGUGCCACGCGUGGCCGCGCGCGAAAUGGAUCUUUGCUGCGCCAGCGCCAAGGCAGCGUCUCGGGGAACGGAAAAAAAGAAGUCCGCGCGCCGCUGCAGCUCAAAGGCCGCAUUUUCAUGAACAACAUUGUCGGCAUCAACGGGCAGAGUCGCGCCGGUGGCAUGCCCGAAUUGCCCGUGGGAAUGUACGCCCUCCAGGUCUGGUGGCGCGGCGAGUCAGACGUCGAGUCGUUUUCCCUCCGCUGCAAGAACGACGAGCAGCUCAAAAUUUGGCACACGGCGCUCCAGCGCCUGCUCGAUGCGGCGCUCUCGCGCAGACCGAGCUUGACGCAGCCUAUACCCAAUACUUCGCAGCGCUCGCAGCCCGCCAUGAGUCUCAAUCUUUCCGGGACGCAGUACCAAUGGUCGCGCGAAGCAUUUAUGCAGGUGUCCACCCCGAUUGUUCCUACUCCCACCAGCGAGCUUAGCAUGUCUGGCUUUUUGUCUCGCAACAGUGCAUCCCACUUUGGCGAAGAUGAUCUACCUAGCACGCCCGGCACGCCAGGAUCGGCAACUCCCUUUGCUGUCCCAAUGCGCUCGUGUACCGACCCGGAGCUACUGCACGAGCUCGGAUCUCCUCAUGAGGACCAGGACCCUUUGUCGACUUUUUGGCGCCGCAGUGCGACCCAGUUGAACGGCUACAAUUCGCCGACCGUGCCGCCAUUAAAGUCGUUCCAGGGCUCGCCACUUUCUGCAAGCAUCACAGGACAUGUCUCGCCGUCCACAUACGAAUCAAUCGAGCCCGAUUUUCACAACCUAUCCCAGUACUCUAUCGCCACGCCGCGCACUGGCUUUGCUGCGGGCCGCGCUGCCGCCGUACAAGCCAGUACUACUGGCGUGGCGAAUUCUACAGACGGAAACAUGCAACGCACAUAUUCUGCAGGCGUCGCUGGCCGCACCCCGCCGCAACUUUCCAGCUUCGCACUCUCCACGCAAUGGACCUCAGCGGGCGCGGUAAGUCCACACGCCGCUCCGCUCUCGCCCUCCUCUUCGGGAUUGCCUUUCCUAGCCGGCACAUCUACCAAGGCUUUAAUGGCGCACAAGAGCUCCUCGAGUUUAUCCACCUUUGAUUCCGUUGUUCCUGGCGAUUCGUUGCGCGCUGGGAGCACCAGCGUUGCAAGCUCGCCAGUGACACCAGCGACGCGCCAAGACAGCGACGCGAGCAUGCAUGGCGCACGUUUCAGCGCUCACACUGGCGUGCAUGCGCCGCAUCUCAACGGCACUGUACGCAAUCCCAGCACGACUUUCACUGCAAUGUUGCUCAAUAUCAAGCAUGACAAGCAACAUACCCAAAUGGUAAUUUCAGAGAGCAUGCCCUGCGCGCGUUUCUACGAGCAGGUUUGCGACCAGCUACAAUACAUACAGCGAGGUAUGGACAGCACGCAUCCACGCACACAAUCGCUCCACGAGCAGUACAGGAUUUUUUACACUGACCAAGACGGGGAUCGCAUUUUGAUCCUCAAUGACGAAGAUCUCGCAAUUGCAUUUGACCAAGCACGCAUUGGUGGCACACCACAGUUGGAUUUGACGGUAGAGGGGUAG